AUGUUCGUUCAUCUAGCGAAACGUAUUGCUAUGCCGAAUGACACACCGGUAACAAAGUGUGGAUGGAACGCAUUUGAGGGCUAUGUUUCAGCUGGCUGUGCUGAUGGUCUUGUUAAAGUUCUUAAAUUAGAAAUACCUGAAGUUGGCGAUGCACGUACUCGUGGUGUCGCUGGUCAAGCACAAUUAACAAAAAACCAAACAUUAGAAGGACAUACAAAUACGAUAUCGAGUAUAGCAUGGAAUGAACGAUUUGGAAAAUUAACAACAGCUGACUCAGGUGGAACAGUUAUUGUUUGGGUUAAUGGGCCGCAGAAUGAAUUCGUACAAGAUAUGCUUAAUAAUCGAACGAAAAAUCGUAUUAGCGAUAUGAAAUGGAAUUCCAAUGGACAAAUGAUUUGUAUUGGUCAUGAAGAUGGAAAUGUAAUUAUUGGUUCGGUCGAAGGAUCAAGAAUCGCUGGGAAAAGUUUAAGCGAUAGCAAAUUAGCAAAAGUCGAGUGGUCGCCAGAUAGUCAUUUAUUACUUUUUGGUUUUAUGCGCGGCGAAAUUCAUAUAUACGAUUUUAAACUCAAUUAUAUAGGUCAAAUUCAAAUAUUUUGUAUUCGUGAAGGUGUGCCCUCGGCUGAAAUUGCCGGUAUUGAAUGGUACGAUGGAAGAAACGGUUUAAUGACUAUGAAUAGCAAAAGUCUUGUUAUAUGUUAUGAAAAUGGUGCUAUGCAAUUGAUGUCGAGAGAAGACGAUCCAGCGCCAAUUAUUCUCGAUGUUGAUAUGCAUGUUGCGUCAAUUAAAUGGAAUGAUAAUGGUUCGAUGUUAGCUGUUGCUGGCUAUCAAUUAACAGGAGAUAAAGCGCAUAAUUUUAUUCAUUUUUAUUCACCAUGGGGAGAGCAUUUACGGUCAUUGAAAGUAACUGGUAAGAGUAUUGCAGAUUGUGCAUGGGAAGCUCAUUCCCUCCGACUUGUUAUCGCAAUUGAUAAUUUUAUUUAUUUUGCUAAUUGUCGAUUGGAUUAUAAAUGGUGCUACAUUCAAGAUACAGUCGUUUAUUCGUUUUAUACAUGUAGUCGGCCAGAACAUAUCGUUGUAUUUUGGAAUACGAAAACAAAUGAAGUCAAUUAUCGUUAUGUUCGAAAUUUACUUUCGCUUGGUGGUUUCGGUUCAUAUUGUUGUAUUGGCAGUUUUAUCGAACGAGGAACAUCAACAAUAAAUACGGCAGAUUCAUACGUUGUUUUAUUGUGUAAUUCAAUUGGUGUUACGAUUGAAUCAAAAUAUAUUCCAUUUCACCCGAUAUAUAUUUGUGUGACACAAAGUUAUGCAGUGAUCGCUUCAAAAUCAUUGGUUUUUAUUUGGGGAAUCAGUGGAUUUAUUGGAUCACAAAUGGUCAAAAAGCAACCAUAUGAAAAAUUUAUUCAAGUCGAUGAUCCCGCAGCAGUUCGACAUGGCGAUGAACUUCAAUUGACUUUGAUGGCAAAUUUAGACGCCAUGGAAACCGAAGAUCCUAUAACAAGUUUAUGUGGAUCCGAUAAAUGGAUUUUUAUAGCUCGAUCAUCUGGUGUUGUUCUUCGUUAUUCACUUCCGGCAUGUACUCUAAUGGAGAAAAUUGAAUGUCAAUUUCGUAUAAGUAAAAUUGCACUUAAUUCAAUAGCAACAUUAAUAUCUAUUAUUGAUACAAGUGGAUAUUGUAUGUUAAUCGAUAUGGAAAGUAAAGAACCACGAGAAGAUAUAACAAAUUUUAAGAAGAGUGACGUCUGGAAUGUUGUUUGGGCUACUGAUCUGCCGGACUCAUUUGCAGUUAUGGAAAAAACUAAAAUAUCAUUGGUACGUGGUGUUGAAGUAGACGAAGCGGUGCCAUGUUCAGGUUACGUAUGCGAAUAUAGCAAUUUGCAAGUUAAAGUUGUGAUGCUUGAUGAAAUUAUGAAAAUGCAUUUCAAAGGCGUUCAAGCUCCAUCGCCGGACUAUAUAACAGUUUAUGAUAAUAAAUUAUUACACGACAUGAAAACAAGUUGUGAAAAAUUGCCAUUAGAACAAGUGAGCAGUUUGAUUGAAAAAGAUCCUCAUCCACAAUUAUGGCGUACUCUAGCUGAGGAAGCACUGAAUCAUUUAGAUAUAAAAGUAGCCGAACAUGCUUUUGUGAAAAUUCAUGAUUAUUAUGGUUUACAAUUUUUAAGACGUUUACAACAAUUUCAAGGCGAACAAUUCAAACGUGCAGAAAUAGCUGCCUUUCUCAAACAAGAUGAUGAAGUUGAGAAAAUCUAUGUGCAUAUGGAUCGAAAAGAUUUAGCGUAUCAACUCCGACGUAAACUAGGCGAUUGGUUUCGAGUUGUACAAAUUCUUCAAUCAGGUGCGAUAGCAAGUGAUGCUAUGCAAAAUGAAGCCUGGAAUGAAUUAGGAGAUUUUUAUUUUGAUCGACAACAAUGGGCUACAGCUGCGAAAUAUUAUGAACAAAGUGGAAAUAACGCUCAAUUAUUUCAUUGUUAUGCUUAUACAGAAGAUUAUGUUGCGUUAGAAAAACUCAGCCUAUCAUUACAAGAUAAUGAUCCUAUACUUAGAUCUAUUGCGGAUACGUUUGCUGGCGUUGGUUUAGCUGAGCCCGCAGUCGACGCAUACAAACGAUGCAAUCUUAUACAAGAAGCAGUACAAAUGUGUAUUGAAUUAAGUCAAUGGGACAUGGGUAUAGAACUGGCUCGCCAGUAUAAUUUAACCGACCUUAAAACUCUAUUAACACGACAAGCGAAAACAUUACUCGAUCAAAACAAACCAUUUGAUGCUAUUGAAUUGUAUAAAAAAUCAGCGAACUAUUUGGAAGCAGCGAAAAUUCUCUACGGAAUUGCUGAAAAUCAUAGCAAAGAAAAUCGCCCGUUAGUAAUGAAGAAAAAAAUGUACGUUCUAUGCGGUUUACUUAUUGAACAAUAUCGUACGGCAAUGAAAACAACUUCGAGAAAAGAAAAAAAAUCUGCACCCAUUUCAGCAUCCGAUGCUUUACAAGGUUUAUUGACUGAAGAAACAACAGGUUCAGGAGGUGUAUCUGAUACACAAUUGCUUGACAAUGUUUGGCGUCCUGCUGAAGCCUAUCAUUUCUAUAUUCUCGCUCAGCGUCAAUAUAAAUCAAACAAUGCUGAGGGUGCCUUACGAUCUGCUUUGACUCUCACGGAAUACGAAGAUAUUCUUCCCGUACAAACAAUUUACAAUCUUAUAGCACUUUGCGCAACAUCUUGUGGCGCAUUUAAUUCAGCCAGUAAAGCAUUUCUUAAACUUGAAGAUGAUCCAUCCAUAAAUGAAGAAGAUCGAAAAGAAUACCAAAAAUUGGCCUUUCAAAUCUUUCUAAGCUCACAACCAAAAGACAAACGGCCGGUACUCUCGGGACAAUGCCCACAAUGUAGCAAUAGAAUUAACGACUGGUGUCUAAAUUGUCCAUCGUGCGACUGGCGUUUUCCGCCAUGUAUUGCUACUGGUCGGCCGAUCAUUGAAUAUGGUUUUUGGAUUUGUCCGGCUUGUAAACAUCGCGCAUUGGAAAAUGAAAUGGCUCGUCUCGAUGUCUGUCCUUUUUGUCAUUCAUCUGUAAAUGGUUAG